AGUGCCCUGGGGUGGUUGUCACUGGCAACUAGAGAACACAAUGUAACAGCCAGGCUUGCUUGUUCCUUGAACCAUCUUGCUGGGCUCAGCAGAGGCCUAAUCAUGGGUUUCGAUUAUUACACUGUGUUGGACAUCAACAGGAGUGCCCAGGAUGCAGACAUAAAGAAGGCGUACCGGAAACUAGCCCUGAAGAACCACUGGCUAAAUGCCCGGGACCCGCGCUCGGUGGAGCGUUUUAAGCAGAUAGCGGAGGCCUACGAUGUGCUGAGUGACCCUAUAAAGAGAGCCAUCUAUGACAAAUUUGGAGAGGAAGGUUUGAAGGGCGGGAUCCCCCCUGAAUUUAGUUCCCAAGUGACAUGGACAAAGGGUUAUGUCUUCCAUGGGGAUCCCAACAGAGUCUUCCAUGAAUUCUUCGGGGGAGACAACCCCUAUAGCGAGUUCUUUGAUCCUGAUGGCAUGGAUGUGAACUUGAACUUUGGGGGCCUUCGGGGCCGUGGGAUCAAGAAGCAGGACCCUCCCAUCGAGCGAGAUCUCUACCUGUCCUUGGAGGACUUGUUCUUUGGCUGCACCAAGAAGAUCAAGAUUUCCCGAAGGGUAAUGAAUGAUGACAGAUUCUCAUCCACCAUCAAAGACAAGAUCCUGACGAUUGAUGUCCUGCCGGGCUGGAAGCAGGGAACCCGCAUCACUUUUGAGAAGGAAGGAGACCAGGGCCCCAACAUCAUCCCGGCUGACAUCAUCUUCAUUGUAAAGGAGAAACUGCACCCCCGCUUCCGGAGGGAGGAUGACAACCUCUUCUUUGUCAGCUCCAUUCCCUUGGGCAAGGCUCUGACCUGCUGCACCGUGGAGGUGAAAACUCUGGAUGACCGGCUACUCAACAUCCCCAUCAACGACAUCAUACACCCCAAGUACUUCAAGAAGGUGCCUGGUGAAGGGAUGCCCUUGGCCUCAGACCCCACCAAGAAGGGAGACCUCUUUAUCCUCUUUGACAUCCAGUUCCCCACUCACCUCACCCCAGCCAAGAAGCAGAUGCUGAAGCAGGCGCUGCUGUGACUGAUACCCGGAGAUGGCACCCCUGGCACUGGGCAUUCCGGGGCCUAGAGCGCAGCCGCGAGGGCGGGCAGAACACUAGGGGGGGACUCUGGGUGGGGGAAGGGGUCUGUCUGCAGAUAAUAAAGAUUUCUACAAAAGACGAAAUUUGCUGCAUUUGUG